AUGACCGAGCGCCGCCGCCAACGCAAUCCUGAUGGCACGAUAGUAGAAGCUCAAAUAGACAGGGUCAAUGGAAAAGAGAAAGGUCGUUUUCACAAGAGACAGCCCGAUGGAAAAGAUGACACACAUGAGUACGAAGCUGAAUACCCGUAUGGAGGCAGUGCUGUGAAACAAUCACCCUUGCAGAUAGAAGGCCCAGAUGGGGCCGAGAGUGGAGGCAGACGAUGGUGGCAAAGAGGAACUUAA